CAGCGACAACUCCACCAGGUUCCUAAACACCUACUGAACAUAAGGUUUUUGUGCCCGUGGCGGGACUGUGGACAGCUUAUUAGAAAAAAAAAAACCCGUCACAUUCGAGAAACCCACCUAGAGCACAAGCGUUGUCAUGGCCCACGCAGACCACACGCGCGACCCAUGUCCUUGGGUAAUCCUAAGUGACUUUGGUGGUGCCUUUGCAAUGGGUUCAGUCGGUGGAGCUAUCUGGCACGGAAUCAAAGGUGCUCGCAAUUCUCCAAGGGGUGAACGACUAGUUGGUGCUAUUUCAACCGUCAAAGCUCGUGCACCGGUCACGGGAGGAAACUUCGGCGUCUGGGGUGGCAUGUUCUCCACUUUCGACUGUGCAAUCAAGGGGUGGCGACAAAAAGAUGAUGCAUGGAAUGCCAUACUCUCUGGUUUCAUGACUGGAGGUUGUUUGGCUAUACGAAGUGGCCCUAAAUCUGCGUUGGGAUCUGCUGUGGCAUGUGGUAUUUUACUAGGUGUAUUCGAGGGUGUUGGUGUUCUGCUGUCGCGAGUGUUUAAUGAAGGUGCAAGACCACAACUACCCCCACUGCCAGAAAACAUGACUCCUCAACCUACGCACUCAUAAGACAGAUUGCAUUAGACGUAUCUUACUUUAAUCGAUUUACCCAUCUCUACAUUAGAGGUCACCCGUCAGAAAAGGAGAGUGCUUGUAUGCCUCCCUGCACCCUCCAAAGUUGCGAACGAUACUAAUGCAGGGGGUUGAGGGAACAACCAGCAAAAACUACA